UGAUCCAGCUGCUGCUCUUUCCUCGGGGAUCCUGCGGAUCAAAACUUGUUGGUCUUCGCUGUUCUGUUGCAAUGCGGCUCCUCCGCUGGAGCUGGAGCUGGAGCCGGCUUGGAUUUCCCAGCUGAGACCGGUGGGGGUGAGUGAUGGAGACAAGAGAGUUGGCCGUGGUAGCUGGUAGCUUUGUGACUUUCCAGCUCCUCUUCUCUGUGGCCAGCCCGCGGGUCUCGUCUGCCAUCGCACCGGGUUAUAGACGGCUACCUCUCACCAAGCUGACCGAGUGGAACUCCAGGUUGGUGUCCACUGUGCACGCCUUGAUUGUGGGUUUGUUCUGUUUAUACAUCCUGUGGUUCGAUGACGCCGUCAACGCCAAUCCUGUCUGGGGCGAUCCCAACCUUGUGAAACUGAAUGUAGCCAUAACUUGUGGCUACCUCGUUUACGACCUCGUGCUGCUGGCGUGUAACUGGAGAACUAUGGGGGACGGCUUCUUCGUCUGCCACCACUUGGCGGCGCUGUACGCCUAUGGAUACGUGUUGACUCGUGGCGUGCUUCCCUAUUUUGCCAAUUUCCGUCUUAUUUCAGAGUUGUCGACACCAUUUGUGAACCAAAGGUGGUUCUUUGAGGCAUUAAAAUACCCCCGCUCCGAUCAGCUGGUGGUGCUAAACGGCGUUGCCAUGGCGGCGGUGUUCUUCCUGGUCCGCAUCGCCGUCAUGCCGUCCUACUGGGUCAGCGUGUUCGCCACGUUCGGCACUCCGGAGUUCGAGCGGCUGGGCCUGGCCGCCCAGGUGGCCUGGAUCACCUCCUGCAUCGCCCUGGACAUCCUGAACACUAUCUGGAUGUACAAGAUCGCCCGCGGCUGCUGGAAGGUCAUGACGGGGAAGGGAGGGCGCAAGGCCAAGGACGGAGCGGAGGAGACGUCCUCAUCUUUGGACAAGAAGCACGCUAACAACCACACGGACUGAUGUCAGAAUCCUCGGCUGCAGACGGAAGCAGGGAGGGAGACUGGAUAACCCCGGAGCCUUCCCCGUCCCUCUCGUUGCUACGGCCUCAGCAUCCCCGACCCCCUACCAACCCCCCCCAACCUUCAGGCUUGGAGUCCUCAGGUUGUAACCCCGGCAGGGGGACGAGGAGAGCACUCUCCGCUCACUCAAGCACCAGCGACAGAUUGCUAGACCGCUGGGGGAAAGGGGGGAAGAGGAGGGGGGGUGUAUCUUUCGGUUGCAGGCAACAGUAGUAGAGCUCACAAGCACAGUUUUAACACCAUCUGUUAAUCACCUCUUCAGUCACUACGGCCAUUCCUCGCUCAUCUCAUCUCCCCGUCAACGCCGGACUCUCCAACCAAAGCCCCGCUCCCUCUGAAGUGCCUGUGAAAAACAGGAAAAAGCAAUAACGGUGGAGUAGCAAGGAAGUCUAAAAGAUUAGAGCCCCCCACAAAACCCGCCCCACACUUUCACUCUCUGAGGCUUUUUCUCUCUCUCAUCCACUCUUCACCCGCACCUGAGGAUACGUGGCCUACAACAGCGAGUGACUCUCAGACCCGCACCGUGCUUGUGAACCUAGAGGGCUCUCGUGUUAAACCUCAUCAGACCUCAGAGCUAGAGACAGAGAAACACCAUAAUGCCUCUCCUGCAGUAUUACCUGCUGUGGCCUCCUAAUAACGAGUAGCACCGAUCUAUCUACGUCACCAGCCAUGGAAACAUCUAGAUUACAUGUUUAAAACAUGGAGAGUCCUUGCUCCUGUGCACAACGCAGGAAAAAAACCAACCAACUCUUCAACGGCCUUGGCUUCUCACUGGAUUGUCUUCAUAUUGGCAUUACUGUAUAUUUUUUUAUUUUUCUGUCUUAUUACUCUAAGUCAUCCAGUUCCAACAAUUAUUACAUCCAUCCAGCCUUCUGCUUCAGCUCAAAUGUUUUUGUUCUACCUCUUCCCCUGCCUUACAAAGACUUUGUAAACACCGUCCUCAUGGAUUAAACAGCUGUUUAUGUUCUUUUUUUUUUUUUUUUUUUUUUUUUUUUUUUUUUACGCAAAGGAAUGAUUUAUUUGUUCAAAAUGUUUUUCUGUCACGACAUCGA